AGAGACAGAAAAGAAAGGCAGAAUCAGGGUGUAGGAGUAGGACCGGCCGUAUUCAGGAUCCAGUGAGGCAUUCGACAAUCAUACUGACAAGUGACAGCCCAAACAAGACCCAAAAGGAGGGAAAAACGGACGGACGAUUUUAUCCGAAAAUUGACAUUCCCAUAUGAAUGAUCGAAUCAGAAUCGAGAUAUCGAUGGCGACGAAAUGGAGUAGGGAAUGAUCCCAUCUGGAGUUCAAUUUCAGUUCCAUUUCCAAGCCCAAUGGCCACGAAUCCCUCUCUCCUUCCCGAAAUCGGACCCGAUGGCCUCCCCCGAGAAGCCCCUGUCAUUGCCUACACCGAGAAGAUAAUUGAAGAGGAGCAGCUUCAAUUGAAAAAGUAUAUUGAAGAAAAUUAUUCUAAAAUCCGUGAUGUUGAACAAGAUCUAGCAAAUCUUAUGUUGGAGUUGAAACUCACGGCUGGGCCUAAGAAAGCAGCGCUUGAACUCCUUCGAAAGAAAAUAGAGAUGUCAACUGAGAGAAUCCGUGUUGCUAGAACGAAGGAAGAACAAGCACGUAAGGCAUGGGAAGAGGCAUCCAAGGCAGUAAAGGAUGAGGAAGCACUAAAACAAAAGCUCUGUGAUGAUCUAAACCAGCUGGUCCAAGAAAGCAGUACCACUCAAUUUUCUAGACUGGAGGAACUGAAAAGGCGACUUGAAGCUCUAAAUCCAAGCAGGGUAUCUACCCGAGUUGCAUCAUGAUGGGAGGUUAGUUCAACCUGCACAAAGUAGUAGAGCACCUCCAGGUGCUUCUUCUUCUUCUUCCAAUUCUCUCUCAAUGGAAUCAGUUGAUCAAAUAGCCGAAAAUGUGCGCAAUCAACGAAAUGAUGGUAAUAUAGUAGCUCUGAAUAGUCAAAAUCAACAGACAUCUGUUGAGGGAGAAGGUAAAGGAAAGAAGAAAAGUAUGGAUCCAGGAAGAGGGAAGGGAAUUAGGGCUGUGCCUAAAGGGAGAGUAUCACCUGGACCUGGAUGGACUGGUGCUGGGUUUGAUAUGGAUGGCAGAACUUGAGCAAACGUGCAUUUGAGAAUCUCUUUUUCUGUGGUUGUGGGAUGGGAAAGCCCACUUCCAUCAUCCUAGCAGGUUUUAUAUUGAGGCAACUCUCUUUUCUUUUAUAAAGGUAUUAUCUGUCAAUGUCUUCUUCCCAUUCCUGUUCUUUUUAACCUUUCACAAUGAAUAUAAAAUUGGCAUUUCUCUUGAACUGCCACUAUCAGGACUAUGUGUAAUUUUCAUUAAAUAAAAGUUAUAUUGAUUACAUCACCAC